AUGGCAUUCUUCCGACAGUAUUUGACAGAAGAUGAAGAAGCACAGAUCCAUCAGCAGUUCCAAGGGGAUAUAUGGCGUCGUAAUAAUCAGGUCUUAUGGAGCGGCAUCCUGCGCGAUGAAGCUCAGCGUUGGGCGGAUGAACAUGAGAUGCAGACACUAACUACAGCAAUGGGUCCUCUGAUGGAUGUCUCUCAUCGGCUGUGUUCAAGAAAUAAAAAAACAAUCAAUGAGUGGAGCCAGUAUGUAAAGGGAGCUUCAGCUAUCUUUGCAUGGUAUAUCUCGAGAGGCGAAAAGGUUACAGUUUUAUCACCACCACCCCCAGAAAGAUUUCACCCAUCUGGAGCAACAAGUUACCAAGCAAUAGAAGAGCCAAUUAUAAGGGGGAAAUUAGAGGCAAGAGCGGUAUCACGAAUCGAAAUGGUACAUCCAAACGUUAAAGGAGCCGAGAAUAUCCACUACCAGAUAUGGCCAGUGGAUGAAACCACUACCUGGACGGCAAAAUUUGGAGAGUCAAACGUGCAGAAACGUUGCUGGAGAAUGGUGAAAAAGGUAAAGACUCUAGCAUAUAAUUUAGGAGAUACAGAGAUUAUUAAGAAGGUUAUCAAGCAGUACGAGGUUAAACAUACGCCAAUUUCCGCUCAUCGGGAGGAGGGGCAAGACGAGGAAAAGAAAUAUAGCGAAGAAGGAGAAAGAAAAGGAGAAAGCAAAGUUGAUAUGAAGAAGAGAAUAGAGGAGGAAGAGAAGAAGAAGGUAGCAAAGAUGGAGAAGAAGAUGACGACGCAAGAGAAGAAAAGUAAGAAGGAAGAAGAGAAAUGGGUAGCAAAGAUGAAGGUAAAGAUGGAGAAGAAGGAGGCGAAGAGGGUGGCAAAGAUAGAGAAGAAGGAGGCGAAGAGGGUAGCAAAGAUGGCGAAGAAGGAGGCGCAGAAAGAGAAGAAAAGGGAGGAGGAAGAGGACAAGAAGAUGGAUCGUGAGAAGAUGGAGGAAACUAGCAACAGGCUCCACCAGUUGGAGGAAGAUUGUAGAGAAGAGGGCAUGGAGUCUAGAGCAAGGGCUAAAGUUGAGCACGAAGCUGCACAAGUAAAGAAGGAGAAGGCAAAGCUUCAGCAAGAGAUGGAGAAACUAGAGAAAAGGGUGACUUUGGCAAUGGCCGGAGAAAGGCAGAAGUUGAACCAGGAGUUUGACAAGCGUAUGAGGCAACAUGAUAAGAGUCAUGAAAAGCGCAUGCAGGAGCUGGAAGAUACGUUUGCUCAAAGGCGAGACGAGAUUGAUAGAAAAGCAGCGGACUUUGAGGCUGUGAGGGGACGACUUUCGACUGCAGUCAAAGAACGGGACAAGCGAAUCGAGACUCAAUCGGAUGAGCUAGUGGAACUAAACGAGCGAUAUGAUAUGCUAGAAAGAGCAAAGAACUCAAUCGGAAAGGAAAUCCUAAAGCGGAAAACGGAGCUGGCACUGGUGAAGGAGUUUGCAUUCGACCCUCAACCAGUGGAUUACUCAUGA